CUCCAAAGUUUUCGGCGAAAAAUGCCGAGAAAUGUAGACGAACGCUUUUUCUUUCAAAGGAAAAAAAAACCACACUAGCCUAUAACGAAAUGGUAAGAGAAUGGAGCAUUAAGGACGCACAGUUGGCAUAUCUUAUAGCAGAUUGUUGUCCUAAUAUCGAAAAAAUUUCGUGUAGUAGUGAAAUCGCUAAUGCUCAAGUCUAUCCCUCGGUGAUAAACGAUUUAGUCAUUCAUUGGAGGAAUUUAAAAUCUUUAUCUUUAUAUCAUAAAAGUGGGACUGAUGAAUCAUUGACGCUGGUGUCAAUCAGUUGGACGGAAUUGGUGGAAUUAACUAUCGCGAACAGUAAGGUAACGGAUGCCGGGAUUUGUCAGGUGGUCAAGGGAUGUAAAAGACUGAAAAAGAUUAAAUUGUCUAAUUGCGACGAGAUAACCGACAAAAGCUUGGCCUCAGUAUCAGAAUAUUGCAAGAAUUUGUCGUUUUUGGAUGUGAAGAGUUGUCCGAGAUUCACCGACAAAGGAAUUCUUCAACUCGCCAAUCCAACAUUUGCCAAACGAUUACGAUGUUUAAUUUUGGAAAAUAUCAAGAUCAAGGAUUCCCUAUUGGCGUUGGCCGAACACACAAGCGCACUUGAGGAAUUGAGUUUAAGACAGUUGGAAGAUGUGGAUGACAGGAUUGUUUCGGCAUUUGGAGGGAGUUCACUAAGACUAUUAUGUUUAUAUACCUGUAGAUUGGUCGAAGGGUGGGGGGUGGCGGAAUUAUGCGAGAUUAAAGAGUUGUCGUUAAUGAUGGAAGCCAUCAGUUUGGAGAGAUUGAGGGAAAUCUGUGAAUCCUGUAAAAACCUGGAAAAACUUACCUUGGAUCUUUGUAGGAUUGACGAAGCAAAUUCCAACUCGGAUAUCAUUCGUGAAAUUUCAAAGCUUGUGAAUCUCAAAUCAUUGGCGAUCUACUGUGACAAGAAGUUUUCAAGUUUAGAUAUCUUUCAACUCAAAAGAAAUUGCAAAUUGUUGAAUCAGGUUAAUUCAUGA